GAUCCUUCUCGUCGGCCGCCCCUUCAUGACGGUAGGCGCAGCGCUGCAUCGAUUCCAUAGCCGCACGAAAAACAGAUACAGACUCAACGUGUACGUCAACAUGAGACUGGUUCGGACGGAAGUCUGGUACCUCAAGACGGCCUGUCGAUACAUCGACUUUCGCCUCUACCGCGACGACGCAAGCGCCCUCGGUUCGGUGAUCUGCGACUACACGUUCGAAAGCGGUCGAGUGUACGCGAACGCGACCGCCUUUCGCUACGAAGAGGCCAGCAAGAUUCUGUGUCUGACUCUGACCGACUCUCUCACCUUCUUUGUGGCCUGCGUUCGCAAGUUGAGUUACCUGCUUGACAUGCCUCCCGAUCGAGUCGUUUGCAGCGUCGUCGAGCCACGCACCGUGAAAAACGCCAGAGUGCAUCGAGAUUUUAUGAGCCUGUACGAGAGCGUAGAUCCGAGGUACUUUAGAGUUUGCGAUUACCUUGACUGGUUGUGUAGGUAUCCUUUGUUUGGGCAAUAAAAAUUAAAAAAAACCGUGCACGUUGAGUUUUCGUCUCAAUCUCCUCGCGUAAGCAUGAGUAACGACGUAGAUAUGACCAAGGUCGAAGAAGAAGAAGAAGAAGAAGAAUGGAUAGUGUUAGACGAAUGGAACGAUGGCGAUGAUGAAAAAGAGGAGGGAGAGAUUACGGACGACGAGGUCAACCACUCCGCUCAGACUAUUUAUAGUUCCGAAGACGAGACGAACGAUCGGUAUAAUCGUUUCAAAAACGAACGUUGGCGGGUAUGGAAGAGGCGCCCCGCUACCGGCUCGUACUACCGGGCGACCGGAUACCUUACCCCGUACAAGUGGACGUCUUUGAAACAAUGUUGCGCGGAUUCGGAGAAAAAGCCAACGUCAUGAUAGAAGCUCCUACCGGAUCGGGCAAGACAAUGGCCAUGCUCGGAGCCGUUCGCGAAUGGAUAACGACACGACCCAGCGGCAAAAUCUACCUCUGCUCUAGAACGCACCAACAGCUCGACCAAAUGGUAGCGGUGGCCAAGGCGUUCAUCGGAGACGCCGCGCACAUUUCUCGUCUCGUCGGCAAGGACCGAGUCUGCCUCUUGGAACGGGAAGUCCACAGCGGUAACGUGCCCCAACUCUGCAGUCAACACAGGGCCUCGUUGACGUGCCGAUUCUACCGCAAUUGGAAAGAGCAGCAUGGACCAGAGACGCGUUUGCCCGACGUUAGGGACAUCGAGGACUUGGUGGAGAGUUGUGCUGCAAACGAUAUCUGCCCCUACUACGUCAACGAACAGUACUACGUAGCCAGGUCGAAAAUAGUGCUGGCUCCCUACAACUACUUGAUCGAUCCCUUCGUCCGUAGCACGCUCAACAUCAAUCUCAGCGGCGCGAUUCUGAUCCUCGACGAGGCGCACAACAUUGAAACGUUUUGUAGAGACGCCAUGUGCCUACAAGUGUCCAGAUCGCAGCUUCAGACGUACGCACGACGAUUUUCUCGCUACGUCGAGCUUCGCGAAUUCUUCGAGGGGCUCCUGGCCAUGAUGAACGACGUUGGAUAUGCGAUUGUUCGCGGCUAUGAUCUCCUGGCCAAGACGAGACGCUACCUCAAGACGGACAACGUGAGCCUGGGUCAAGUCGUGAGUCCCUUAACGUCUCGACAUCCUUUGUCCGACCGGUUAAACACCACGUUGAUUGACCGCAUCGUCACUCAGUUUUACUACCCCGAGAUAUUUGGUGCCCAAGGCUUUGCAAUGUUUGUCGUCCAGGGUCGCGAGUCGCCAGAACUCAGGAUGACCUGCAUGGACUCGAGUUACGCCAUGAAGUCUGUGUCGUCGUGCACGCACUCUAUCGUCCUGGCCUCGGGGACUCUGAGUCCGAUGUCGUCGUACGAAAAGGAAUUGGGCGUCUUCUUUACUCACAAGGUGUCCGCCAAGGAACACGUCGUGUCCAAGCGUCACGUCUUUGUCCGUAGGAUCUCGCAUUCGCUCAAGGGUGACAAAGAGUUUUACAUGAAUUACAGCGCAUGCCAGAACGAAGAGCUACUCAAGGCCGUAGGUUCCGUCGUCUACGAGUCGACCAAGAUCCUGAAGAAAAAUGUCGGCGAAACAAAGGCUGGCGUCCUGUGCUUCUUCCCUUCUUACAAGCUACUUCAGACCUGUCCAGACGUGUGGCGCAAAGUGCCUCUAUGGCCCAAGUUGGUCAAGGUGGUCGGCGGGCAUCUGUUUCUGGAAGAUUCUGAAAACUCGGACCUCUUGUUCGAUAGGUACAAGACUGCGUUGAUUGACGGAGAGCCCGGCACGGUGGCCCUGUUUCUAGUCGUGCACAGAGGGAAAAUGAGCGAAGGCGUCGACUUCUCCGAUUCGCUGGCUCGACUCGUCGUAUCCGUGGGGUUACCCUAUCCGUCGUAUCACAGUCCGGACGUAAAGGUCAAGGUCGAGUUUAACCGCAGCAGGGGCGGAGACGGGGACGAAUGGUAUAAAACGCAGGCGAUGCGAGCGGUUAACCAGUCCGUGGGACGCUGCGUACGUCACGUGAACGACUGGGGGGCCGUCCUAUUGCUCGACAGUAGGUAUUUUAGACCCGACGUUUGGAGCGAUUUAUCGCAUUGGGUCCAGGUCUGCGAAGACGAGUCGUCCACCUUCAAAGACACGAAGAAAUCUUUGCUCGAGAUAAAUUCGUUUUUGAACGGUCGUCUAUGAAAAUGCACAUCCUCAGUUUGCACACGUAUCUGCGCGAACACAGAUACACGGCUAGCCGACAGGGCUACGCUUACUGGUAUUGCACGAUUCGCGACGCUACUAUU